GCACUCCGAAUCGCUUUUGAACUUAUUCCGUCACAGGCGCAUUUUGUGUGCGUGGUUGCGACUUCGCCCAGGUCUCAACUCUCCUUCACCCGUGCCGACUUGCAGCCGCAGCGUAUAAAAACGAGGGGCCGUCGCACUGUCAUCACUCCAGGCCUGCGGUACGGACCAAGUCCCGUCCCGAUUGCUGGUGCGGCGCGUCUGGCAUUGCCUUCGUGACACUGUCACAGCACUGUGAGCACGAUUGACGCUUUGCUCUCCCGCCGUCUUCAGGUGCACGCAACCUUCGUCCCGUUCGAAAUGAACAACAAGCCUGCGGCCGAGGCCGAGGCGGGCAGCGGCUCACAGGCCGUGGAUGAGGCUCAGCUCAAUGAGGCGAUGAAGCGCCUCAAGCUCCUUCACAUCAAGUCACGACUUCUACGCGAUACCAUACCAAGGAUGAUAGAGCCCCUAGUUCAGAAGCAGCCAUCACCCGACGUCAUGUUCACCUCUUUUGUCAAGGCCGUCGCCGAUGCUCAAACAGAAGUCAAGGACUUUACUGACCUUAUGAGAGACGAAGAGAGCAAAAAGGCCAUGGCCAUGGCUGACAAGAGUCGCGAAGAAAAUCCGUUUGGCAUCAAGCCGUGGAGGCACAAGGAUCAUCCGGAUUGGUUUGACAUGGACAAGGACUGAAGAUGCACCCUCUGUCAGCUGUCAUCGCUGUGAACUCAUUUGACAUUGGGCAGAGGAGGCGGCAGCGCCGAUGCGAGAUGGACACGACAUGGGGAGUUUGGGCAAUGCUUCUCUUUUUGGUCCUCCAGGUUUAUCUAGAUUCCCCGACAUGAAUGAUAUGCAUAACGUCAC